AUGAGUGGCAAAGAAAAACAAAACUGUUGUAGAACUAAAAAUAUUAUAGAACAAUUUGAAGGUAUACCAUUUUUUGACAGGGAGAUUUAUUUUAGUGAAUCAGAAGAUUUCAGUGGUAAUAACAAUAAACAAGAUAAUGUUGAUAAUUUAAAAGUCAAUGUUGAUCAGAUUAGAAAAGAGAACAAACCAUUAUAUUUGGGAAUAAUGAGAAAAUGUGAUGUUGAAGAAUAUCUACGAAGUUUUAUUGGUACUAGUUUUGGUUUUUAUCAUAACUUCAAAGCUUCAAAGACAUUUAUAAAAUAUCCAAGAACUUUGAAAUUAUAUUAUGUUUUUAAGAAUGAGGUUGAUCUUAUUGUUCAUUCUGAAAUCAAGUACCGUAAGACAAAGAAUAAAUUUACAAUUAAAAUAAGAACUGAAAAAAGAAAAUCCUUUGACUCAUUUGAAGAAUUAGUUGAAUAUUGUAAAAAUGGAAAAAAGGGUAUUUGUUGUUAA